AGGCUGACGUCGAAGAGGAGUGGCCCCCGCGUCAUGGCACGCGGUGUCGGUGGAAUGCGGGCCCAACGAGGAAGCCCAAUCACUGGAUCUCAUCGUAACUCAAUACUCACAACUCUCAACAGUUGAGAUUUGGAGUUGCGACGCAGGGGACUUGCCCUUCCUCUCUUUGGAUCUGGAUCCUUCUCAUCCCCGUCUUCUGGAUUUGUCUCCCGUUACUGCGUGUUGGGGGUGUCAACGUCGCUUUGCCUGUGCGUGAGUGAUCCAUCAUCGCGACAUUGAUUAGGAGAUGAAUGCGCCCUGUUCAGGAUCCGUGAAAUUCGUCACUGUCGUCUGCUGCCGAAUUCAGGUUCUGUGAGACAUUUCACCGAGCAGUUGAACCAGGAGCAGUUUUUGAACUACUCCGGAGCUAUUUUUGGACUUCGGGUUGGUAGUGGUUUUGUGGUUGUGUUUCGAAUAGCUUGCUUCACGGGGACACGACGACGUGUUUGAGAGGAUUUGUGGGCUCAAUCUGAAUCAGAGAAGGGCGGGGGUUUGGGACGAGGAGCAAUGUCCACAGUAGCGCAGGAUUCUGCGCCGGGAGGGGGUAAGAUUCAGGACGCGAUGGAGCAAGGGGCUCCAGGUGCGAGUAGCGCCGCAGUCGUUCCCGAAGGAGGGCACUAUACUCAAACCCCAAGCCCCGCGUUUCAGGCCGUUAAGAAGAACAUUAACCACAUGUCAGCUUUCAGCUUGGGACUGCGGGUUGCGGAGUUCGUUCUCAGUGUGAUUGCCUUUAGCUUGAUGGCAUCUGCGGACCAAAACGGUGCGGUUUAUAGUACCUUCACCUCGUACAGUUUUGUACUGGCAGUAAACGUGCUUGUAGUCUUUUACACUAUUGGGCAAAUCAUCAUGAGCGUCCUGCUUCUGGUGUCUGGAAGCACUCCUAAGAAGAUCUACUUGUUCAUCACAUUCGGAUGCGAUCAGUUGUCUGCAUUCCUCCUUAUGGCCGCAGGCGCUGCUGGAGCUUCAGUUGCUCUGAUAAUCAAUCGCGGAGGAGUUACUGACGCCUAUGGGAAUGGAUGCAUAGACGGAAAAAUCACAAGCUUUUGCUCACAUGCACAAGCCUCUGUAGCUUUUACCUUCCUGUCGUUCUUCUGUAUGGUGAUAUCCUCACUUCUUGGAGUGUACAGUUUAGCCCCUUACCUCAUUCUUUGAUCUCCUGACGAACUUAGUUUUAGCUAGGAAAAGCAAGCGCGUAGUCUAUUUUUGUGAACAGACAUGCUCCGCUAGGGUACAAAAGGUUUGGUUUAUUUCAUUUAUUCCUGCUGUAAUGUAUGUGUUGUAGAAGAUUUUAAAAUCAUCUUAGAGCAAUCGAAUAAGAACUUAGCGGAGAGUUUUGCAGGAAGUAUAUAUUAUUGUUACAAUUUUUACAGCAGGCUGGUUUUCAUAUGUUUUCUAUAUGAAUCGAAAGGUUGUCACUUACGCAUCGUGCAUAUAGCCUUCUCCAAAA